AUGAACAAACAAGUUCAAACCAUUAUUGAUGGAGUGCAAUCAUCAUAUCACAAAAUACAAACUAUUGAUUAAGAAUUGCAAGGUUAACUUCAGAUCAUAAGAAUGCUGGUAGUGCAGCUCGAAAACAAGAAAUUAGAAGUACAGUUGUACUAUGACAAAGUACUAAUGUCAACCAAUUCAAAAUAAAAUCUUCAAAAUAUACUUUCGAAAUUGAGUGAAAGCCAAAUAAACUAAUCAAUUUUAAAAAGAUCUGGGAGCGAGGACACGGGUGAGGAAAUCAAAGAGAAUAUGCUCUAAGGUUCCGAGUCAGAAUCUGCUCAGAGAGCUAAUUUAAUGUCAGGCUCUGCAAUAGGCACAAGUAACACCAAGCAAUCAGAGUUAGGCAAAGACAAUCAGAUCACUGAAAGCUAAAGGCUUCGCACACUAUGCGACUUUGUUGACGAAGAAGCAAUUCAAUAAAUUACUGAGAGGGCUGAUAGUUCCUUCAAAAUACUAAAAGUAUAAUUUUAUUAACCACAAAAUAAUAAAUUUUAGGAAGUAAAAGAUAAAGCCUUACAUGUUAAUGAUUAACUUGUGAAGAGGAUAGAGUACUAGAUAAGCUUGAUCUAUAAGACGAAGAGCGACUUAGACUUUCAAAAUCAAGCCAUUUCAUCUAAGUACGGGAAACUUCAAGGCAUAAUCAAAGAACUACAUUAGCUUCUAAAGAGUGUUGAAAGAGUUCACAACUAAAUAGACAAUAUUAAUAUAACUCCAGAGCAAAUAUACUAGUUGCUGCAAGCAAUUAUAGCAAUUCACAAAUAGAGUGAAAACUUGCGUGAUGAGUCUACAUAAAUCAUGGAUGCAAUAAAAGGUGCAAGUGAUAAUUAUGAUGACUUUUAUGAGAGCUCUCGAUAAUCUUAUGUUAGCUUUGUAAAUUUCGCCCCAUCUGUCUAAGAUACAAUGCAAGAAGUUGAUAAAUGGUUUCAACAGUUUGAAAUCAGUCGACAGCAAUGUGUGGAAGAUUAUGAGGAGAUUGAAAAGCUUAGCACUUGGUAUGAAUUCUUCUAAAAAUCAUAUCAGGAGCUAGAAGUAGAAAUAGAGAGAAGGACUCAGUAUGAGUUCAAUAUUAAGUAAAAGGUAAAUAUGUUUCGAUUGUUCCUAAUGCAAGAAAUUCAUCAAGAACAAAAGAAAAGGAUGGAUUUUAAUGAUAAGCAUUACAGAUAUUUGCCAGGCAAUCUGAAGUAAAAUCUAGAGGAUCCACCUAUUAGGUAUGAAAUAUAUCCCAAAUUCAAUGAAGCACAAGAAGAAGAAAUGAUAGAGAUAUAGGAUGACGAGGAAAAUCAAGAUUAUUUUGAUAGUAAUCAAUAAUACUCAAACAACAUAGCUGAUAACAUGCAAAGCAACAAUUUGGUAGAUUUUUUAAUGAACUAAUUUCAAAGUAAUCAAAAUCAACAAAUGGAUUACUAAGUGUAGCAAAACAACUAAGAAAACUAAUAAGAUUUCUUAUCAGGUAAUCCUUAGAAUUAAGCCUCAAAUAGAAGUUUACUAAUAAAUAAUUAACAACUUAACUUUGAUUGA